AUGCGGCGCUUCUGGUCCCGCGGUGCUGUUGAUAGCACUCCCGCCGGCGAGAAAACGGGACCUCCCCUCGACCCUGAUUACAUGAUUAAAUGGGACUUUGAUGACCCGGUGAACCCUCAGAACUGGCCUGUACGAUUUAAAUGGUGGGUAACUUUUCAGUUGGGCAUGCUCGCCCUGGCCGGCAGUCUGGGUUCAAGUAUCAUCACUCCGGCCGACCACAUCAUCGCCGACUAUGUUGGCGUGAGUAGCGAGGUAGCAGUUCUAGAUGUAUCAUUAUAUCUCGUUGGUUUCGUCUUCGGCCCGAUUAUCUGGGCGCCAGUGUCCGAAAUCUGGGGGCGCAGAGUGAGCAUUCUUCCACCGGUUUUCUGCCAAGCACUCUUUGCAAUCGGCACAGCAAGAAGUAAAACUGCGGCUGCGGUGUAUUGUACACGCUUUUUCACGGGCUUUUUUGGCUCUGCGCCUAUCAGCAAUGUUACGGCGGCACUGGGAGAUAUCUGGAGCCGAGAGACACGAGGCACAGCAGUGAGUUUAUAUGCAGUGGCUGUGAACGGCGGUCCUGCACUCGGCCCUAUUAUUGGUGCUGCGAUCAUUCUGAACCCUCGCCUUGACUGGCGAUGGUGUUGUUAUAUUUUGGCCAUCUGGGUUUUCGUCACCUUCCUCAUGGCUUUCUUCUUUCUACCUGAGAUGUAUCCGCCGGUGCUUUUGAAGAGGAAAGCACAAAGCGUUCGAAUGGAGAGGAAUGAUCCACGAUACUAUCAUCCGCAUGAACAUAUUCAACUGGACGUCCACUCUAUCGUGACCAAACAGCUUGCCCGCCCCAUGAAGAUGCUGUUCACGGAGCCAAUAGUCACCUGCAUCGCGAUAUACGCUUCCUUCGUCUACGGUGUCAUGUACCUCACCUUGGAAGUGUUUCCGAUAGUGUUCCAGGAGGUCCGUGGCUGGAAUCCUUUAAUUGGUGCUCUACCGUUCCUGGCACUAUUGAUUGGCGUUAUCUCUUCAGUGGGCCUCAACAUUUGGAAUCAAUUCCGCUAUAACGAAAUUGCCAAAGCCGCCAAUGGAAAGGCCGUGCCGGAAGCUCGGUUGCCACCAAUGGCCUUCGGCGCUGUUUUCUUCGUGGUUGGUGCAUUUUGGUUUGCGUGGACAGCCGAACCGCCCCAUCACUGGAUUCUGCCGUGUUUUGCGGCCUUGUUUAUUGGCGUUGGGUUCAACUGUAUCUUCCAACAGUGUUUGAACUUCCUCGUUGACGUUUACGGAAUUUACGCGGCCAGUUCUACCGCGGCUGUCACGUUCCUCCGAAGUAUCAUGGCGGCCGGGCUUCCUUUAGCAGCCAAACCCAUGAUUAGAGCACUUGGUAUUGGCCCUGGCGUUUCAAUAAUUGGCGCCGUGGCUGCGGUAUUAUUACCAAUUCCUUUUUUGUUUAUGAAAUAUGGGCCUCGGCUGCGCGGGUUAUCGAAACUUGUGCCCGAAAAGCUCCAUGGUUAA